AUGAACUCGUCUCGAGUAUUCGAGGAGAACGUGACUCUCGAGAAACAGGUUGGCAUCUGGUCGCGUCUAGGGCUGUCCACGGAGAACGCUGAGCUUGCGGCCUCAAAGCAAAUUCGGCGGAAACACCCGCACGGCAGUCGACGGGCCCGGCUCCUUCGUGAGCACCCCGAGGUCUCCAAGCUCUAUGGUACCAACAAAAAGUCUGCGUUAUACGUCGUUCUGCUUGUUGCGCUGCAGCUUGGCGUGGCUGUGUUGCUUGGCACAAGUGGCCGCACCUCCUGGGUCAGCGCAGCGGUGCUCGCGUAUGUUUUUGGCGCUGUGGUGGACCACGCUCAGUGGGUGCUCAUUCACGACGCGACACAUAACCUCAUUUUAGAGUCAGUUGUGCUCAAUCGUCUAGUACUUUGUAUAGCGAAUACGAUUCACGUGCUUCCCUCGGGGAUGAUGUUCCGAUACUAUCAUAUUCUGCACCAUAUCGAGCUCAACCGUGUGCAGCGGGACCCCGAUGUGCCCGCCGCGUGGGAGGCGCGCCUCGUAGGCAACUCGAGCUGGCGCAAGGCUCUGUGGCUGGCGCUGUUUUUCGUUUUCCAGAGUUUGCGUCUGGUUUCUUACAGCCACCGCAUACCGAACAUGCGCGAGUACGUCUGGUUUGGCAUCAACACAGUGGUGAACUUGGUAGCCAUGGUUGGCGUUUGGCUUCUAGGCGGUUGGAUCAGUAUUUUUUACUUGACCCUGUCCAGCAUCUUCAGUGUUGGGUUACAUCCGUUAGGCGCUCGUUGGAUUCAAGAGCACUAUCCGACGCUACCGUUCCAGAGCACCUACUCGUACUACGGUUGGGCGAACAGGGUCGCGUUCAACAUUGGUUUCCACAACGAGCAUCACGAUCUGCCGAGUGUGCCCUGGAACAAGCUGCCAAAGUUGAAGAAAAUGGCUCCUGAGUUUUACGAUACCUUGUUCGCCUAUCGCUCGUACCGCCAGCUCUUGAAAGAGUUUAUUCUGGAUCCUCGAUGGUCAUUGCUGCGACGAUGGGAGGCGGACCUGGCCGCUGCACAGAAAGAGCGUCUCGAGCAGGACGCGGGCGACGCUGGCAAGGAACCCGCGACGGUACCCCCGUCAACUGAAGAGUGCGAGUGCGCCGCCGACGCGCCAGCCAAGCCGCCCGUUGACGACUGGACAGACAUGGCUUUACGGUGA